CUAGACUAGUAGUAGUAGAAUCUAGAUCUACUAUUCAGACUAUCUAAAGUAUCUUUAAUUAUUAUAUUGCAUACUGCUUGCUUUGCCAAGUUGCUAUGGCGCAGUCACACAAUUCACUCAUACACAUACCAUAGACUCUAGAUCUAGUAUGUAAAAUGUUUUACAACAUGUUUCGGAUAUUCCUUCAGAGUUGAAGAUUACAAGAUAGUUUACUUCCUAGUCCAAACCUCCCACAGAACGAUGGGGCUGGGGGAUGGGAGCGCGCAGGGUUUGAACCCGGGACCAUCGAUAAAUCCAAAGACAGUCCAGCAUGCAAACCGUACGACCAGGCAGCCAUAGUGACAUACAAAAUUAAGCUAUUUACAUAAUAAGUGAAAUUAAAUGUACAACAAUUUUCGUUUGAACAGACGGAUAAAUAUUUAAAGGAUUAACUAGAAGGUUUGAGGGUUAUUACAUCUUGACUGUGUAAUGAUGACAUAAAAGAUUAUUUUUUUCUUUGAAAUUAGCAGUUCUCAGAUCUCUUGAGGAGCUGUAUAGGUCCCUUCAGAUUUGAAGAUAUUACAUCCUAGUCCAAAACUUCACAGGGCAGCAGGGGAUGGUGGAAGGCAGAGUUCAAAGCUGAGACUAUCAAAUGACAGUCUUGAGUGGAUACACAUGACCAGGGAUAUUUAUUAAAUUUGGAAGCACCAAACCAAAGGACUAUAAUGGCUGAUAUGGAAUGUGAUUUCACUAUUGAUCUCAAGUAUGAAAUGAAACAAGAGAAAGAAGAAAGAAAUAAACAAAAUUUAACUACAUUUCCAUGUGAAAAACUAGAACAAGUGUCACAAAUAAAAAUUGAGAAGACUGAAUGGGAUGUAGUAGGUCUAAAGACACAGUCAUCUGAGAACCAUUGUGAAUUUUCUCAAGGGAACAAAAAUCAAGUGUUAAAAAUUACAGAAGCUAAUAAACCAACGUACCCAGCCUUAAGACUACUGCUUUCGUCAAAAAUGUCAAACAGCAGUCUUCAUCCUGUGCUUGUCAUUAGACCAAAUUUAAAAUCGGAAGUACCUGUAUCUGUGAGUGAUGUUCAAGAAAUGAAAGAAAUUAAUUUACAAAAGGAAGUGGAACCUUCAAAUAUCAAUCAGUUUAAAUCUUGGCAUUUGGAAGAACUCAAGGAAGUUCAUAUUGGUAAAAAGCCAUUCAAGUGUCUAGUUUGUCAGAAAGAAUUUUCUUUUUAUUCAGGUAUAAAAGAACAUAUGCUGCUUCACACUGUUGAAAAACUUUUUAAAUGUGACAUGUGUCAGAAAACAUUUUCCAGAUUUCCACUUAUCGAAAGACAUAUUCUUGUUCAUGUUGGUAAAAAAACAUUUAAAUGUCAAAUAUGUCUCAAAGAAUUUACAAAUUCUUCACAUUUAAAAAAACACCUAUUAGUUCAUACAGGUGAAAGACCAUUUAAAUGUCACAUUUGUCAAAAAGGUUUUGCUUCCCCUUCAGGUCUAAAAGCACACCACAUUGUUCAUUCGAGUGAAAAACCAUUUCAGUGUCAGAUAUGUCUCAAAACAUUUUCUUUAUCUGCCUAUUUAAAGAAACACCAAUUAAAUCAUACAGCUGAAAAACCAUUUAAAUGUCAAAUAUGUCUCAAAGAAUUUACAAAUUCUUCACGUUUAAAAAAACACCAAUUUUAUCAUACAGGUGAAAAACCAUUUAAAUGUCAUAUAUGUCAAAAAGGUUUUGCUUCCCCUUCAGGUCUAAAAGCACACCACAUUGUUCAUUCAAGUGAGAAACCAUUUAAAUGUCAAAUAUGUUUUCAAGAAUUUAAAAGGUUUAAAUCUUUAAAGAAACACCAAAUAGUUCAUUCAGGAGAAAAGCCAUUCAAAUGUCAAAUAUGUCAAAAAGUAUUUUCUACAUCUGCCUAUUUAAAAAGUCACAACUUAAACCAUACAGUUGAAAAACCAUUCAAAUGUCAAAUCUGUCAAAAAAGUUUUUUUUCUUCUUCAAAACUAAAUAAACACCACAUUGUUCAUAUAGGUGAAAAACCAUUUAAAUGUCAAACAUGUCAAAAAGUCUUUGCUACCUCUGAAUAUUUAAAAUUGCACCAGUUUAUUCAUUCAAGUGAAAAACAGUUUAAAUGUCAAAUAUGUCUUAAAACAUUUACAAGACACUCUCAUUUAAAAAGACACCACUUAAUUCAUAGUAAAGAAAAGUCAUUCAAAUGUCAAAUAUGUCAAAAAGCAUUUUUAACAUCUGCCUAUUUAAAACGUCACCUCUUAUACCAUACAGUUGAAAAACCAUUUCAAUGUCAAAUAUGUCAAAGAGGCUUUAUUACCCCUUCAAAGCUAAAAUUACACCACUUUGUUCAUACAGGGGAAGAGAAAUUUAAGUGUCAUAUAUGUCAAAAAGCAUUUCCUACAUAUGUCUAUUUAGAAAACCACCAAUUAGCUCAUACAGUUGAAAAACCAUUUAAAUGUCACCUAUGUCCAAAAGGUUUUAGGAACUCUUUAAGUCUUAAAGCACACCAUGUUAUUCAUACAGGUGAAAAUCCAUUUAAAUGUCAAACAUGUCAAAAAGUAUUUUCUACCUCUGGAAAUUUAAAAUUACACCAGGUGCUUCAUUCUAGUGAAAAUCCAUUUAAAUGUCAAAUAUGUCUUAAAGGAUUUAAAAGUUCUGCUCAUUUAAAAGUACACAAUGUAGUUCAUUCAGGAGAAAAGCCAUUCAAAUGUCAAAUAUGUCAUAAAGCAUUUUCUACUUCUGCCUAUUUAAAAAAACACCAAUUAGCCCAUACAUUUAAAACGCUUGCUCUUCAAGUCUAAAAGCACAGCACUUUGUUCAUAUGGAAAAAAACAUUUAGACUUCAAAUAUGUCAUAAAGUAUUUUCUACCUUUGAAAAUUCAAAAUUACACAGUUGCUUCAUUUGUGCAAAAAUCCCUUUAAAUCUCAAAUAAGUCCUAAAGAAUUUACAAGCUCCUAGUCGACAGAAGAAAAGCCAUUCAAAUGUCAAAUACGUUUGAAAGAUUUUUCUUCUUAUUUAAAAAGACACAAAUAAUCUCAUGUGGGUGAAAAUUCAUUUAAAUGAUUAAUAUGUCUCAAAUCAUUUUUGCUUUUCUCCAUUUAAAAGUACACCCAGUCAAAACCCUUUUAAGCUCGGACGGAGAAAUCGGCAUCUCUGGUUCUUUUUAGUCUGAGUAGACUAUAAGGGCCCCAUACCCAGAUCUAUCGGGGUCCCUCAUUACCGACCCAUCGGUAUAACAGAAAAUAGCAUCUGAUGGGUAGGACUUUAGUGUAGCUGAUGCCAAGUUUUGGAGUAUGGCAGGUGUUAAUCGCCUCUUGGUGGCUCCCUCUUGCCCUAUAAGGGACAUUAUAUUUGUGGGGCCGGCUUCUCCUCCACAGAGGGCAAGUACUAAUUAUUCUAAUUGGAAUUCUGUCAGUGGAGAGCCCAGCUGAGUUAGACAAAUUGGCCGCAAUGUGGAGGAACGAUGGCAUUUUAUGCGGUUCCUCUCUCUCCACUGUCGCACUAAUAUUGAGGUGGGUAGCCUAGAGUCGCCCCUUUUAUAGCGCUCAUAGGCUGUAAGUACCGCCCUCUCCCUCCUUAAAUGUAAAGGGGCCACAUUUGUUGGGCUUGUCCAAAAGGUGCCACAAAUGAACCUUAGUGCCUGUGAUUGUACUCAGUCAAGUGAUUCGAGGGCAGUUUUACUAGCAUAUACUUGAGCUGUACUCAAUUUGUGAUCUGACUGCCCAUAUCAUAUUCUCUAGUUACACCACUGCUGAGAAACGUUAGCAGUAUAUAGAAAACGUAAAAAAAAAAAAAAAGCUGAAAAAUACUUAAUACGGAAGUCCUUCGAAGAGCGGGCCUGCAUCAGGGACACCCUCAGAGCUUCUCAGCCACCUGGGAGACUGGGAGAGCAUCAUGGCACCCUGCUUUAAAAAACUGGCACACAAAUUGCAGAGGACAAGAGAACAGCACUGGCAGAAGAAAAGUGCCAGAGGAAAAAAAAGCCCAAUGACACUAGCUCCUGCUGGAAUAAGCCCAGGCUUUCAUUUCACUUGUAUGAUAAUCCAUAGCCACUCAGAAACUGAAGGGUAUAUAUAUAUAUAUAGACCUGUAUACACUAAUAGGUGCCAGUAUUCAGUGAUGGAUCGCUUAAUUUUUAACUACUAAUAAAUUAGUAAUAAACGUUGUUAAAAUGCAAGAAAAGUAAUAAUUUUUCCCCAUAUUGAAAAAGGUGACGGUACCGGUGCCUACAGUCACAAAAAGAGCAAUAUAUAUAUAUGUAUAUAUAUAUAUAUAUAUAUAUAUAUAUAUAUAUAUAUAUUGUGGAACAAUAUAGCGGGACAUGUCGAGUGGAAACGCUUAAUCAGGUAUAAAUAAAUAAGAAGCACAUUUUAUUUAAAAAAAAAUUAUUAUUAACACUAAUGAGCAAAUACUCAACAUGAACUCGACCAGGGAAGCUAAGUGGUUGAGUCUCUCUCCCCCCCCCCCCCCCCGAUACACCAUGUUUAUUAAUAUAUUUAUAUAUGAGUCGGUUGUAGAGCUAGCUACAAUGUUGCUCAUAUUUUAAGUUAGUUGAGAAAUAAAGCAUCUCCUGAGGUGUAAAAAAAAAAAAGAUAAACUUCAAAUAAGCCAUUGAUUAAUGUAAGUACUAGACCCACUGGUUUCUAAUGAAACAGUUUCUGGUCAAUUUCAUUUAGUUUUUGUACCUUUUGUGGCCUGUGGGUUGAAUUAGGUUGGGCAUCACUGCUGAAGUAGGAUUGGACUAUCUUGAAAAAUGGCUUUGAGCUAAAAUGACUAACAUGUGAUAAAGUCUUUUAUUCUAAUAAAUAAAUGUCUUUUCCCAACAUCCAUUUGCAUUACACUUAGACAUUUUUGUAAAUGUCAUAUAUAAAAAAAAAAAACUCAAUGGAAGAGCAGAAAUUAUUUUAAAAUGUAAUGUGAAAAUAGUAAUUUAUUGCAAUACUUAUUUAAUAUUUUGAGACCAUUACAUUUUUUUAUUAGUGUUGUAGUAAAUCUUGUGUGUUUUUUUUCUUUUUUUUUUAUAAUUAAGUUUAAACAAAUAUAUAUUUAUCAUAAUUUAUCCUUGUAGAUAUAAAAACACCCUGCAUUUUGUCAAAUAGUAUAUUUAUGUUUUGUAGUUAUUUUUUGUCAGAAUUUUAUAAAGUGCCCCAUUUGUGAUAAUAAAUUAAUAACUUCAAAAGGAAGGAUGUGCUAAUAUCUUUAUAUUGCUUCAUUGUUAGUUGAGAAUGUUUUGUGAGAAAGUAAUUAACAGGAAUUGAGGCAGUAAACAAAAGAUAGUCUUCUAUGUCUACUUGUAUGAACACAAAGUCUCUGUUAUUAUUAUUGUUAUUAUUGAUUAAUGUCUACAGUAUGUUAUAUAUUUAUCUGUGACAACAGAACACCAUUUGAGUUUUUUUAGCUUCUCUUUUGUAAGUGUGCAAAAAAAUGAUAAAUUGCAGCUUAAUAGAAAUAGAAAUUGUUUUUAUUUUGGUAUGAAAGCUUUUAGUGUGUUUUAAAUAGGGGUUAAAUACAAUAUUUUAAAAAUGUUUAUUUUUGUAAACAUUUGAGCUUAAGACAUAAAUUCGGUAGGUUGGCUCUUAAAAUCAUGAGUUCUAUCCAAAAAAAUGAAAUUUAUAAAAGCUAUGUGGACCUCACCAACAGUGUACCUGCACCUCUUUGUUUUCCUUUUUAAGUUAGAAAGAAAUUAACUUGUUCAAUUGUACAGCUGUUUGUUGCCUUUGCCAUGUUCUGAAUAGGACACUGUUAGAAUUCCAUUAGUCAUGUAUUUUUAUAAUGCUUAUAUAUUGUAUUUAAAUAAUGAUUUUAAAUUUAUAUCUUAUUUAUUUUAUAAAAUUGUAUUUAAAACAUUAAAUGACUUUACAAUAAA